GCGCCUUCCCGUCGGCCCCCGCUCCCGACCCCGCGCCGCGGAGCGCCCAGCGUCUUGGGCUGCGGGUGGGCGGCCGCGGUGGUGGGCUCGCGGCUGCAGGCGUCCUCGGAGUGCGGCCCGGCUCCGCGCUGCCCCCGGGGCGGCUCAUGGGCAGAGUCGGCGCGGCCGGCUGGCACUAAACUGAAAAGAUGUCCUUGUAUGAUGAUCUAGGAGUGGAGACCAGUGACUCAAAAACAGAGGGCUGGUCCAAAAACUUCAAACUCCUGCAGUCUCAGCUUCAGGUGAAGAAGGCCGCUCUCACGCAAGCAAAGAGCCAAAGGACGAAACAAAGUACGGUGCUUGCCCCAGUCAUUGACCUAAAGCGAGGCGGCUCCUCGGACGAUCGACAGAUUGUGGACACACCUCCACAUGUAGCAGCUGGACUGAAGGACCCUGUUCCCAGUGGCUUUUCUGCAGGGGAAGUUCUGAUUCCCUUAGCUGAUGAAUAUGAUCCUAUGUUUCCUAAUGAUUAUGAGAAAGUAGUGAAGCGCCAGAGAGAAGAACGACAGAGACAGCGGGAGCUGGAAAGGCAGAAGGAAAUAGAAGAGAGGGAGAAGAGACGUAAAGAUAGACAUGAAGCUAGUGGGUUUUCAAGGAGACCUGACCCAGAUUCUGAUGAGGAUGAAGAUUAUGAGCGAGAAAGGAGGAAAAGAAGUAUGGGCGGAGCUGCCAUUGCCCCACCUACUUCUCUUGUAGAGAAAGACAAAGAGUUGCCCCGAGAUUUUCCGUAUGAAGAAGACUCCAGACCUCGGUCCCAGUCUUCCAAAGCAGCCGUUCCUCCCCCCGUGUACGAGGACCAGGACAGACCGAGGUCUCCGACGGGGCCUAGCAACUCCUUCCUUGCUAACAUGGGUGGCACAGUAGCACAUAAGAUCAUGCAGAAGUAUGGCUUCCGAGAAGGCCAGGGUCUGGGAAAGCAUGAGCAGGGGCUGAGUACCGCAUUGUCAGUGGAGAAGACCAGCAAGCGGGGCGGCAAAAUCAUUGUGGGUGAUGCCAUGGAGAAGGGUGAAGCCCAGGAUGCAUCCAAGAAGUCGGAUUCAAAUCCAUUAACUGAAAUACUUAAGUGUCCUACUAAAGUCGUCCUACUAAGGAACAUGGUUGGUGCAGGAGAGGUAGAUGAAGACUUGGAAGUUGAGACCAAGGAAGAAUGUGAAAAAUAUGGCAAAGUUGGAAAAUGUGUGAUAUUUGAAAUUCCUGGUGCUCCUGAUGAUGAAGCAGUACGAAUAUUUUUGGAAUUUGAGAGAGUUGAGUCUGCAAUUAAAGCUGUUGUUGAUCUGAAUGGGAGGUAUUUUGGUGGACGUGUGGUAAAAGCAUGCUUCUACAAUUUGGAUAAAUUUAGGGUGUUGGAUUUGGCAGAACAAGUUUGACUUUACAACUGGAGCACAGGUCGUCUCCAGGAUGACUGUCGUCCAUUGAAUGAACUGCAGACUGAGCAGAGGAGAAGGAGUGACAGAAGCCUCCAUGUUGAGUAGAGACUCUUGGAAGGACUUCCUAAGAUAUAUGUUGGUUAUCCCUUUUUUAUUUUGUGGUUUUUUUAAUAUAGUAUAAAAAUCCUUUAAAAAAAAAAAACACAACAAUCCGUGUGCCUCUCUGUUUCUCUUUUUUAUUUAUUAUUACUUCUGAGGUGAUUACUUUUUCCUAGAUUUCAUGAUAAUUCUCGAGCGCUUUGAUGAUGCAG